AUGGAGGUCAAAUGGGUCAAGGUCAAGGAUAUGGAGGGCAAGGACGAGGAGGAAGAAGAAAGGUUACUUCCGGUUUCUGGAAUUUUAAUGGGUGGAGUACCGUUAAAGACAACAUCAGAGAAUGGCAAGGCUAUUGGGUAUCUUUAUAAAUUAGACUGUAAACCCAUUGUUACCGAAACAAGUCUACCAUCCGGUUGGUCAACUGUUGCAUUUGAACAUCAGAAAGGAUAUGUUCUAAGGGAUCCUCAGACAAAAAUAGAAGUGUGUCAAGAGGAAGUUGUCUACAGACAUAUUACAGAUGUAACGACAUCCACUACACAGCUCCCAACAACACCACAACCAACAACAACAACAACACGGCCAACAACGACAACAACAAAAUUGACUACAACAACAAAACCGACUACACCAGGUAUAUAG